AUGAGAAGAUUGAAUCCAAAUCGUGUUGAUUUUGCGACAAUAGCACAAGUCUUGUUCAUCAAGGAUAAUGGAGAAUGGGCUCUUUACUCAUGCAUCUUUGUGCGCAACCGACCAUGGUUGCGGCCGGAGAAGCCAACAGAUCUGGAGGCAAAAGAGAUAAGGUUCCGAGGAGUGAGAAACAGACCUUGGGGAAGAUUCGCUGCAAAGAUCAGAGACCCAAGGCAAAAAUCUAGGGUUUGGCUGGGGACUUUCGAUUCAGCUGAAGACGCAGCUCGAGCCUACGACACCGCUGCUCUUUUGUUUCGGGGACCCAAGGCCAAGAUUAACUUUCCAUUAACCACUCCUUCAAAUCCCUACUAUCCAUUUCAUCAGAACCCUAACGAUCGCUUUGUCAAUCAGCGAUUGUAUCCUCAGAAGCACCAGAUUAUCGCCCAGAGGACCACUCUUAGCAGUUUGACUGAUUCUAUUGAGUCGUCCAGUGGGCCUCGGCAGCGUAAGACGGCAGAUUUGUCGUCGCGGAAACACUCUCGAUUGCCGCCGGUGUUGCCGGAUGAAAGAAGGGGUGGAAUGGCACGGGGCUCGGUAGGGAAGAGUUGA